UAUUGUAGCCUAAUAUUUAUUAUAUUUGUAUUUAUUUACAUGCAGCCAUUUUGUUAAUAUAUAAAGAAGAAUUAAAGGUUAUAAGAAGAAAAACUGAUCCUAUUUAUUGUCGACCGCUAAAGAGGAAGUGUUUGAUAUAAAACCACAUACCCGCGCAGUGGGUAUCAAAGCCAAGGAUAUUUUAACCCUUUCUCAGAGCAGAAUGAACAAAAAUCCUGAAGGAGCCGAGAGCCGGUUUAACAUUUCACACAACGACGAGAGCAGCUUUCUCCCCAAGAUGAGUUACUUUAACAAUUUGCCUGGUGAAGAAAUGAAAAUGCAAAUUAGCAGUCAAAAUCUAGACAAGGAUGCUGAGAGUCAGAACUUCCUUCCUAAUGGCAAGAAGAAGUACGAAGUUGAAUACCACCCUGGAACAGCAUCGUUUGGAAUGUCUGUGUUUAAUCUGGGCAAUGCCAUUAUGGGCAGUGGAAUUUUGGGUCUCUCAUAUGCCAUGGCCAACACUGGCAUUGCCUUGUUUGUUAUUUUGCUGAUAGCAGUUUCUAUAUUCUCCCUCUACUCUGUGCAUCUACUGCUCAAGACUGCAAAUCAAGGAGGGUCUAUGGUGUAUGAGCAAUUGGGGUACAAGGCAUUUGGCAUGCCAGGCAAGCUGGCAGCAUCCUGCUCCAUCACCAUGCAGAAUAUUGGAGCCAUGUCCAGCUACCUUUACAUCGUGAAGUAUGAGCUACCAAUUGUAAUUCAAGCAUUCGUGGGAAAAAGUGAAGGGCUAUGGUACACUAAUGGAGACUACCUGGUAGUGCUUGUGUCAUUCUUAAUCAUUCUGCCACUUUCACUACUGAAAAAUCUGGGCUACCUCGGCUACACAAGUGGCUUUUCAUUAUUGUGCAUGGUCUUCUUCUUAAUCGUGGUCAUUUACAAGAAGUUUGAGAUCCCCUGCCCACUGCCUAAUGAGUUACUCAACAUAACACUCAAUGGAACACUCGGACACACUAAUGCAACCAGCUACGAAGAGGAUGCUUGCACUCCCAAAUACUUUGUUUUCAACUCUCAGACUGUGUAUGCUGUACCCAUUCUUACCUUCGCCUUUGUGUGCCACCCAGCAAUUCUGCCUAUGUACGAGGAGCUUAAAGAUCGUUCCAGGAAAAAGAUGCAGGGGGUGGCCAAUGUGUCAUUCUUGGCCAUGUUUGUCAUGUAUCUGCUGGCUGCUCUGUUCGGCUACCUAACCUUCCAUGGUGUUGUUGAGCCUGAACUUCUGCAUACUUAUUCAAAAGUCUACGAUUUUGAUGUGGUGCUGCUGAUCGUACGUCUGGCUGUUCUGACCGCCGUCACCUUCACUGUACCGGUUGUCCUCUUCCCUAUUCGUACCUCAGUAAACCAACUGUUGUGUGCGUCCAAAGGGUUCAGCUGGUUUCGGCAUAUCGGCAUCACAGUGAUCCUUUUGAUCAGUGUUAACGUGCUUGUCAUCUUUGUCCCUACUAUCAGGGAUAUAUUUGGAUUCAUUGGUGCUUCUGCUGCUGCUAUGCUGAUCUUCAUUCUGCCAUCUGCUUUCUACAUCAAGCUGGUGAAGGAGCCAAUGAAGUCUGUUCAAAAGAUAGGGGCAACCUUGUUUCUGUGCAGUGGAUUUAUUGUCAUGUUUGGUUGCAUGUUUUUGAUCAUCAUGGACUGGAUUCACAACUCUACUGCUUCACAGGGCCAUGGGGACGGUCACUAAAGUACGUGUCGGCAGCGUGAGUGACAGGCAUUCUUGACCUGUCUGUUGUGGCACUGAGCGCUGUCCAGUCCCUUACUGCUAAAGCCACAAAGAAACUUGCUGCUCUUUUUUCAACCCAGAGCAAAGACCUAUACCAUUCUGAAAGAAUGUGCUGAACUCUGUACAGUAUGUUGUUAGGCCACAAAGAUGGUGCUUUUUAUAAUACUUUUGUUGCUGUGAUGGAUUUCAUCCGAUUUCAUUCGUUUGUUUUUUUAAUUCGAUGCAUUACAGAGAAAUGAAAGAUUUGAGGUCUUGAGACUGAGCUCAGUGCAAGAUUGCAAACUUUUCAGCUUUAGCUAUUCUGACUCACAAUCAAAACCCGAUCAGCUCCAAGCCACAACUUGCAAAGCAGUGGCAGCAAGAACUUGACUCAAGGCUAAGCACCAAUCUUUUGAAUUCUCUUUUUAUCUUUUGCCAAAAAAAAUAUUUCCUACUGGUUUGUAUAUUGAAAAGCACUUAAUAAUCAACAUACAGUGUAUCACAAAAGUGAGUA